AAGAAAUCCCAUCGCGGCUCUUGUUACGCAAAUUGCGUGUUAUACCAAAGCGUAUAGUCUUCAUGGCCUCAAAAUUCGAUCUCGUCAUCGUCAAUGGGACGGUGGUCACUGCAAGUGAUAUCAGUUCAUGUUGUAUUGGAAUCAAAGAUGAAAAGAUUCGCGCACUUGCGCAAUCCUUUACUGAUGAUGAAAUUGCCGGUGCUGAAGUUAUAGAUGCAGAAGGCGCCUAUGUAAUGCCUGGAGGUAUUGAUGCACAUGUUCAUUUAUGCCAAGAUUUGAAAACCGGUCCACAUGGUCUAGGCGGCGAAUGCGCCGACAAUUUUGAGACAGGGUCUAGAAGUGCCAUUGCAGGAGGCACGACAACUGUCAUUACCUUUGCAACUCAAACUCGAGCCGAGGAGGAUCGAAGCUUGAUUAAAGUCGUGGAGGCAUACAACGCACGAGCUGAAGCCACUGGCAGUUAUGCUGACUAUGGCUUCCACAUCAUCAUCGUCCGCAACGAUGCUGACGUUCUCGAGAAUGAGCUACCUGUACUAAUUCAGGACUGGGGAAUUAGUAGUUGCAAGCUAUUUAUGACUUACGAGACACAACGGCUUACUGAUUCACAACUUCUCGAUGUCAUGUUUGCAGCAAGGAAGAACGCAAUUACGACAAUGAUACAUGCUGAAAAUGGAGAUAUGAUUGAGUGGCUUACGGACAAGCUGGAAGGAAAAGGAAUGGUUGCUCCCUUCUACCAUGCUCUGUCCCGGCCACCGCUUGUUGAAGGGGAAGCAACAAACAGAGCAAUUGCACUCGCUCAAUUGAUUCAGAACCCGAUUCUGUUUGUCCACGUUGGGUCGGCACUCGGUGCAGCAAAUGUACGCAAAGCCCAGACUAUGGGGCUUCCAGUUUACGCAGAAACUUGCCCUCAGUACUUCAAUCUUACCUGGGAAGAUUUGAAGCGCUUCCACUCGCCAACGUGUUUCGAAAACAGUAAAAUGAUAUGCUCUCCACCUCCGCCACCAGACAAUUCUGACCAAGAGGACCUAUUCACUGGUCUUCAUAAUGGCACAUUCACCAUAUACUCCUCUGAUCAUUGCCCUUUUCGUUAUGACCACCCUCACGGGAAACCCACUGGUGUUCUCGAAGAUGAAGCAAGCAUGCACGGCGAAUCAGCUUGUACAGGGCAUAAUAUACAAGACCUCCUAUCUCGCAAAGAAGGCGCUUUUCGCUUUAUCCCCAAUGGCAUUCCGGGUGUUGAGACACGGUUGCCUUUGCUGUACACAGGCGCUCUUGCAGCAGGCCGCAUUACGCCUCAGAAGUUUGUAGAGCUCACUUCAACCAAUCCUGCGAAACUGUACGGUCUAUAUCCCCGAAAGGGAGCAUUGAUGCCUGGAUCCGAUGCUGACCUAGUAAUUUGGCAUCCGGAGAAAAAAUUCCAGCCUUUCCGUCUGACCAAUUCUCAACUACACCAUAAUGUAGAUUACACGCCUUAUGAAGGUCAAGAAUUUAUAAACUGGCCGCGAUACACUAUACUCCGCGGCAAGGUAGUCUGGGCGAAUGGUGAAAUCAAGGGGAAGCCACGCGACGGAAAGUAUCAAAAACGAGGCCCGAGCCAACUUAGCCACGGCCUUCCUGGUCAUGAUAGAGAUCCGCACACCGUCGCCGCCUGGCUGUAUAAGUGAGCCUUUUCGAAUUGCGGGACAUUCUUGGUCAUCUAUCUGUUUACGAAUAUUUCUAUCAAUGGGACCAUGCCACUGAAGAUGUAUGUAGCCAUGUAAUUAUCAUAUAGAGUAUCAUGAUACACAG